GUCACUUGUAGAGGAACUUUCUAGUGGACACUGACUGACUGGACAGCCAUCCAUCCGUCAGUCGUCGUUCGACUGCAGUCCACCGCGAGUGAAUUCUUUCCUGUUCUUUAACAUGGAAUCACGUGGUUUACUGCCGUACCGGGAUGUGAUCGGAAAUGUGGCGGGAAUACUAACGGUGGCUCAGUUCCUUAGCGGAUGCUUCGCGUGCAAUCAAAUUCGUCUGAAAGGCACUUCAGAAGGUUGUUCACCGUUACAGUUUGUGCUGGGUGCGGCAUUGACUGCGUUGCAGUUGAAGUACUCCCAACUGCUUGGGGUGAAAACCCUGAUUCUCACUAGUGCUUAUUCGAUGGCCAUUUGCGUGGUUUACUCCGCUUGGUAUUUGGUGUACACUCCGGCUAGAAAACGAGGUGCGUUCUGGAGGUUAGUUUUCGAAACUGUUGCUGUUGUGGGUGCCAUCCUACUCUAUGCUGGUAUGGAGAGUCCUGAGAAAGUAAAGUACCGCUUCGGAAUGUUGGUAACUGUGCUGACUCUGGCUUAUAUUGGACUUCCGUUGAUGAGGCUGGGUGAAAUCGUUAAACGCAAAAGUUGUGAAGGACUCCCACUGCCGGUUAUUUUGGCCAGUACGGGUGCUUCCGUACUCUGGCUUUUGUACGGGAUCAUCUUGCACAACUAUUUCAUCAUUACACAGAAAGUGAUUGCACUUGGUCUGUGCAUCGCUCAGCUAUCCAUGUUUGUAAUUUAUCCGGCGCCCAAAAUUGGAACAGUAAAUAAAACAAAAUAGGUACAGUAGCAGCAGCAGCAGCAGCAGGUACUGUGAAAACAGGGCCACGCCAACCAAACACUACCUUGCUGGUGACACAGAACAGGCAGAACGACGGCUGAUGGAAUUCCAGACUAAGUUUUAAUCAAACAACCACCAGACGACGACGCUUUAAAUUUGUGGAACGUAUGAUGAUUUCGUUGACCGUGGUGUGACACUUUUGAUAUCGCUUGGAAGAAAAAUACAUGAACCGUAAAACAGAAA